CUGAAUGCAGGGUUACCGCGCCCAUCUCUGCUGUUUGAUGGCCGGAGGAAGAAGCGACUGAGAUCCUGGCGUGAAGGAAGAAACAGAAGGGACGACGACGGUUGGGAAAGACAAGAAGGGACAUUUGCAAUAAGUUGGAAUUUGCGUCGAACCCUUGGAACAAAUAAACGGGACUUUGACUCGUCUGUCUGGGUUAAAAACGCCUCGUCCCUGCGCCUCUGUGCCGGUGUGUCUCCCCCUUCAGCGGGUUAAAAAACUGGGUUCGGGGAGUGCCGCUCCUCGGAGGCUAAACUUGAUAAAUCUGAGCGCCUGGGCUGAGAGAGGAGAGACGACACCUAACUGUUUCCAGUCAAUGUGAUACAAACAACGGAUACCUUCAACUGAAAGCGGAUCGGCAAGAGUCUAGGCGGCGGAGAGAAGCACACCAUUAGCAGAGGAAAAUGAGUGAACUGGAUCAGCUACGCCAGGAGGCUGAGCAGCUCAAGAACCAGAUCAGAGAUGCCAGGAAAGCGUGUGCAGAUGCUACCCUGUCUCAGAUCACAGCAAAUAUUGACCCCGUUGGCCGAAUUCAGAUGCGGACUAGACGGACGCUGAGGGGACAUUUGGCUAAGAUCUAUGCCAUGCACUGGGGGACUGAUUCAAGGCUUUUGGUCAGCGCCUCCCAGGAUGGCAAACUCAUUAUUUGGGACAGCUACACCACGAACAAGGUCCAUGCCAUCCCGCUGCGCUCCUCCUGGGUGAUGACGUGUGCUUAUGCCCCUUCUGGGAACUACGUUGCCUGUGGUGGCCUGGACAACAUCUGCUCCAUCUACAACCUGAAGACCCGUGAAGGAAACGUGCGCGUCAGCCGUGAGCUGGCCGGACACACAGGUUACUUGUCCUGCUGUCGCUUCCUGGAUGACAACCAGAUUGUCACGAGCUCUGGAGACACCACCUGUGCUCUGUGGGACAUUGAAACUGGUCAGCAGACCACUACGUUUGCUGGUCACACUGGUGAUGUGAUGAGCCUCUCGCUGUCGCCGGACAGCAGACUGUUUGUGUCUGGAGCCUGUGAUGCCUCAGCCAAGCUCUGGGACAUCAGAGAAGGAAUGUGCCGACAGACCUUCACUGGCCAUGAGUCAGACAUCAAUGCCAUCUGUUUCUUCCCCAAUGGCAACGCCUUUGCCACGGGCUCAGACGACGCUACCUGCCGGCUGUUUGACCUGCGUGCCGACCAGGAGCUGAUGGUUUACUCACAUGACAACAUCAUCUGCGGCAUCACCUCCGUAGCAUUCUCCAAGAGUGGCCGCUUGCUGCUGGCUGGCUACGACGACUUCAACUGCAACGUCUGGGACACUUUGAAGGGCGACCGCGCAGGUGUCCUGGCCGGUCAUGACAACCGGGUGAGCUGCUUGGGUGUGACCGACGACGGCAUGGCAGUGGCGACAGGGUCCUGGGACAGCUUCCUCAAGAUCUGGAACUAGAGUCUGCAGAUGGCAUCCGGACUCCAAAGUCAAGUGCAAGACCAUUCCAACAUCACAAUGUUCAUUUUUAUUGCAUAUCCAAUCUUUUUUGAAAAACAAAAAACGAAAAAAAAACAAGACAAAACACCAUAAUACUGACUCCAAACACCCCCCAAAAACUAUCAAGGGCAAAAAUUCUCUCCUUCUCUCUCCUUCUCAUUUAAAAGAGCACAAUUGUCUGUCACACAUUCAGCUUAAGAAAAAAAAAAAAAAGAA